AAAUUUUAAAUAAAUUUCAUUUUAUUAAAUAGAACUUUUAUUUUAACGCAGAAGGGAUAUUUCAUUUUAAUGAUACAUAUAUCGCAGAUUUUUAAAAGGAGUAUCAAAAUUAAAUUAAACAUACUAUUGUGAUCUAAAAUUGAAAUUAAAAUUCCAAAAUGGAGGAUACAUUUUUUCCAUCAAGUCCUAUAGCGGCUGUACAAUUUAUACCAAUUAUCAAUUAUUUGAAUAUAUUAAGUGAUUUUUUAUUCAUGGAAAAUUAUUUGGAUGAAGUUAAUCAAAAUAAAAAAAUACCAAUUGUUAAUGCACUUUAUGAAUAUUUAACAGACAAUCGUGAUAAUGUUGAUCAAAAAGAAAAAUUAAUUCGACAAUUGUUAAAAGAUAGUGAUAUGUAUGGCGAAAAGAAGUCUGAAGAAUUUGAAAUAACUUUCGUUAAUACAAUGUUUGAUUAUAUAAUUAGUUCACUUGUAUUUGAGAAAUAUGGAAAUAUUUAUGGAUUUUUAGCAGAGGCAAUUCGUAAGGAAAAAAUUUUUAAAUACAAUCAUACAUUAAUGGUGAUUAAGGAAACAUUAAAAAAUGCAAUAUUUGAAAAUGAAUACGGCUCUAAUUCGAAACUAACUGAUUUGGCAGUUAAUAGAAUAUACAGCGAUAUAAUAUUACCACUUUUUCCCCAACCAAAUACAAAUUUGAAUUUAUUAUCUCUUGAUUAUAUUUUUGCACAAGCUGGUUCAAUGUAUCUUCGUCUUGGAAGAAUAAAUUAUCCCUAUUAUCAAGAUAAUAGUGAAAAUUCUACUUUUAAAAAAGAAAUUAAUUUUCAGGAAUAUUUAACAGUGGGACAUGUAAUUAAAAAUUUAAUUCAUAGUGAAAAAAUAGAUUCUCUAAAUUUGAGAGUAUUUGCUUUACCUGCUCUUUUUUAUUACAUUUCUUCAGGGGAAAAUAUUAGUAAGAAAAAAAUAACAAAUAUAAUUUUUCAACCACAUCAUUGGAAGAUGGCUUAUCAAAAUUUGUUUGAAUACCUGAGGAGUAAUUUUUAUCGAAUUAAUGAUCAAUUACGAAAAGAUUAUAAAUAUAAUAUCCAUUUAGCAUUUUCGGAUUUUCAAAGUCUUACUUCAAUGGCUCAAUUUUUAUUAAAUUCAGAAUGCAAAUUUUUAAAUGAAGAUAAUCUAAAAUUCAUACUUUCUGUUUAUAUUGAUAAUGCCAAAAGUUUUAAAUGUCAAUGUGGAAUUGAUUUGCGUGAUAUACAAGAUUGGUUUCAGAAUAAAAUUCAUAAUAUUGGUGAAUUAUAUGGAAAAUAUGAAUUAGAAAUAAUUCAACGGGUUUUUAGUGAAUUUGCAAUAGAAGAUGUUUCUAGUACUGAAAUAACAAUACUGUAUACAAAUAAUGAAUUUAAUAAUUCAGAAUAUUUAUUCUAUGAUUUAUUUGAAUUUUAUUUUUCUAACAAUCAAACUUACAACUAUUAUGCAUUAAUACGAGAAAAUAAUACUGUAAAACUUAUUAAAGAGACAGAUGAUGGUCUACUUUUUCGCAAAAAACUUCAUUUAUCAAUAUAUAAAUUAAUACAAUCGGGUCAUCGAAUUAUUUUAAAGUACAAAAAUGAAACCAUAAAUAUAUUUUUUGAAGAACUAAUGAAACAUAAGAAACAACGAUUCAAGAAUUAUUUACGCAAUAAUAAUGCACAUUCAAUGAAUAAUGAAUGGUGGAAAGAAUUUGGAUUAUCACUAAUGGUAUCAUAUCCUUGUUUAUCAAAUAUCGACAGUCAGCAUAUCGUUGAAAAAAAAAAUUUGCGAUAA